AUGUACGGGACAUCCACCGGACCCCAGACGGGAAUCAAUACUCCACGCUCAUCGCAGUCGCUGCGGCCACUGAUCCUGUCUCAUGGAUCCCUCGAAUUCUCCUUCCUUGUGCCGACUUCUCUUCACUUCCACGCCUCUCAAUUGAAAGACGUUUUCACAGCCUCGCUUCCUGAGCCGACGGACGAGCUUGCCCAAGACGACGAGCCCUCCUCGGUAGCGGAGCUUGUGGCCAGAUACAUUGGACAUGUUGCCCACGAGGUUGAGGAAGGCGAGGAUGAUGCGCAGGGGACGUAUUUAGAGGUCCUGAAGCUUGCCCUCAAUGAAUUCGAGCGGGCAUUCAUGCGUGGCAACGACGUUCAUGCAGUCAUCGCCAGUCUUCCGGGUAUUACGUCCAAGAAAGUGUCUGUCGUGGAAGCAUACUACGCCGGCAGAGCUGCUGCUGGUCGUCCCACCAAGCCUUACGAUUCCGCGCUGUUCCGUGCCGCCUCGGACGAGAAAGCAAGCAUCUACACCGUCUUCGGCGGCCAAGGCAACAUUGAAGAAUACUUUGAUGAACUCAGGGAAAUCUACUCCACUUACUCAUCCUUUGUGGAUGACUUGAUUACCUCGUCGGCGGAGUUGCUGCAGUCCCUGUCGCGUGAGCCCGAAGCCAGCAAGUUGUAUCCGAAGGGCCUGGAUAUUCUCCAUUGGCUCCAGGAUAGCGAUUCUCAGCCAGACACAGACUACCUGGUUUCGGCCCCCGUGAGUCUUCCGCUAAUUGGCUUGGUUCAGCUGGCACACUUUGUGGUCACCUGCAAGGUUCUUGGAAGAGAGCCCGGAGAGAUCCUGGAGAGAUUCAAUGGCACAACGGGUCAUUCUCAGGGUAUUGUCACUGCCGCAGCAAUCGCAUCGACAACUACCUGGGAAAGCUUUGAGAAGGCCGCGAAGGAUGUACUGACAAUGCUCUUCUGGAUCGGUCUGCGCAGUCAACAAGCCUACCCCCGUACAUCCAUUGCUCCAUCGGUAUUGCAAGAUUCCAUUGAAAAUGGUGAAGGCAACCCGACUCCUAUGCUUUCGAUCCGCGAUCUUCCCAGAUCCGCUGUUCAGGAACACAUUGAUACCACCAAUCAACACCUUCCCGAGGAUCGCCACAUCUCCAUCUCUCUGGUCAACAGUGCUCGCAACUUUGUCGUUACCGGACCACCGCUCUCCCUGUACGGUCUGAACCUCCGUCUCCGCAAGGUCAAGGCCCCGACUGGAUUAGACCAGAAUCGUGUUCCCUUCACACAGCGGAAGGUCCGAUUUGUCAACCGAUUCCUUCCCAUCACCGCUCCCUUCCACAGUCAAUACCUGGCUUCGGCAUAUGAUCGCAUUCUGGAGGAUUUGGAGGAUAUUGAGAUCCCCGCCAAAUCCCUGAACAUUCCAGUCUAUGGCACCAAAAGCGGCGACGAUUUGAAGAAGCUUGGAGAUGCAAACAUUGUCCCCGAGCUGGUUCGCAUGAUAACUCAUGAUGCGGUCAACUGGGAACAGGCAACCGUCUUUCCCGAAGCUACUCAUAUUGUUGAUUUUGGUCCGGGCGGAAUUUCUGGUCUCGGAGUGCUUACGAACCGAAACAAGGAUGGAACUGGUGUUCGUGUUGUACUUGCUGGGGCUAUGGAUGGUCCCAAUGCCGAAAUUGGCUACAAGCCAGAGCUCUUCGAUCGCGACGAAGAUUCGGUUAACUUUGCCAUUGACUGGGUCAAAGAGCAUGGGCCUCGCCUGGUGAAAAACAAGACCGGUCAGACCUUCGUUGAUACGAAGAUGAGUCGGAUCCUUGGUAUUCCCCCAAUCAUGGUUGCUGGAAUGACACCGACUACUGUUCCAUGGGAUUUCGUUGCUGCGAUCAUGAAUGCGGGCUACCAUGUUGAACUCGCUGGUGGUGGUUAUUACAAUGCCAAGACGAUGACCGAGGCUGUCUCCAAGAUCGAGAAGGCGAUCCCCCCCGGCCGUGGUAUCACGGUCAACUUGAUUUAUGUCAAUCCUCGCGCCAUGGCCUGGCAGAUACCCUUGAUUGGGAAGCUGAGGGCAGACGGUGUACCCAUCGAAGGUCUUACAAUCGGUGCCGGAGUUCCUUCUAUCGAAGUUGCCAAUGAGUACAUCGAGACUCUCGGAAUUAAGCACAUUGCUUUCAAACCUGGAUCUGUCGACGCCAUCCAACAAGUCAUCAAUAUCGCGAAGGCGAACCCCAAGUUCCCGGUUAUCCUCCAAUGGACUGGAGGUCGGGGUGGAGGUCACCAUUCAUUUGAGGAUUUCCACCAGCCUGUUCUCCAAAUGUACACUCGUAUCCGACGCUGCGACAACAUCGUUCUUGUUGCUGGCAGUGGCUUCGGUGGGUCUGAAGAUACUUACCCGUAUCUUUCUGGUAUCUGGUCGUCUUCCUUCGGAUACCCGCCUAUGCCCUUCGACGGUUGCUUGUUUGGUAGUCGCAUGAUGAUCGCUAAGGAGGCACAUACGUCCAAGAACGCCAAGAAGGCCAUUGCUGAUGCCCCUGGUCUUGACGAUAAGGAUUGGGAAAAGACAUACAGCGGUCCCGCUGGUGGCGUGCUCACGGUCCUUUCUGAGAUGGGCGAGCCAAUUCACAAACUUGCCACAAGAGGUGUUAAAUUCUGGCACGAAAUGGACCAGAAGAUCUUCAAGCUUGACAAGGCGAAGCGUGUGCCUGAGCUCAAGAAGCAGCGCAACUACAUCAUUCAGAAACUCAACGACGAUUUCCACAAGGUGUGGUUUGGCCGCAACGCGGCCGGCGAAACCGUUGACUUGGAAGAUAUGACUUACACUGAGGUCGUUCAUCGUAUGGUGGAUCUCAUGUACGUCAAGCAUGAAUCACGAUGGAUUGAUGACUCGCUGAAGAAACUGACUGGUGAUUUCAUUCGCCGAGUCGAAGAGCGUUUUACGGGCUCCGAGGGCCAGCCCUCUCUGCUUCAAAAUUACUCGGAGUUGAACACCCCCUACCCGGCGAUCGAUAAUAUCUUGGCGGCAUACCCUGAGUCAGCUUCGCAGCUCAUCAACGCCCAGGACGUUCAGCAUUUCCUCCUUCUAUGCCAACGACGUGGGCAAAAGCCAGUUCCAUUUGUUCCUUCCUUGGAUGAUAACUUCGAAUAUUGGUUCAAGAAGGAUUCCCUUUGGCAGAGCGAGGAUUUGGAGGCCGUUGUUGAUCAAGAUGUUGGAAGAACCUGCAUUCUCCAGGGUCCGAUGGCCGCUAAGUUCUCAAAUGUGAUCGACCAACCAGUGCAAGAUAUUCUGGAUGGCAUUCAUCAGGGGCAUAUCCAGAGCUUGAUCAAGGAUGUGUACGCCGGUGACGAGUCGAAGAUUCCUGCCAUAGAAUAUUUUGGUGGCCAUCUUAAGGAGACUACGGAGGGUUCUGAAACUGAAGGCCUCACCAUUUCGGAGGACUCGAACAAGGUCACUUAUAGGCUAUCAUCCUCGCCUUCUGCAGACCUUCCCAUCAUUGAUGGGUGGUUGAGCCUUCUUGCCGGCUCAUCCUUUUCCUGGAGACACGCUUUCUUUCUCGCCGACAUCUUUGUUCAAGGUCAUCGGUUCCAGUCCAAUCCAAUGAAACGACUUGUUGCUCCAACUUCGGGAAUGUAUGUUGAAAUUACGCAUCCCAACGAUCCUUCCCAGACGUCUAUUACCGUCAGAGAACCGUACCAGUCCGGAAAGAUGGUCAGAACACUUGAGGUGAAAUUGAACGAGAAUCAGCAAAUCAGCCUGACCUUGUUCGAAGGGAGAACUGCUGAAGCUGGCGUUGUUCCUUUGAGUUUCCUGUUCACAUAUCACCCCGAGGCCGGAUAUGCACCGAUCAGAGAGGUCAUGGAAGGUCGCAACGAUCGUAUCAAGGAAUUCUACUACCGUGUCUGGUUUGGUAACAAGGAUGUUCCAUUUGAUACCCCCACGACCGCGACCUUCUCUGGUGGUCGUGAGACAAUCAGUUCUCAGGCGGUUGCCGAUUUCGUGCAUGCUGUUGGCAACACUGGUGAGGCUUUUGUCGAUCGCCCUGGCAAGGAGGUAUUUGCUCCUAUGGAUUUCGCCAUUGUUGCAGGCUGGAAGGCUAUUACGAAGCCUAUCUUCCCUCGUACCAUUGAUGGAGAUCUGUUGAAGCUUGUCCACCUGUCGAACGGAUUCAAGAUGGUCCCUGGGGCCCAGCCACUUAAGGUUGGCGACGUGCUGGAUACCACGGCACAAAUCAAUUCGGUCAUCAACCAAGACUCUGGAAAAAUGGUUGAAGUUUGCGGCACCAUCCAGAGGGAUGGCAAGCCUAUCAUGCAUGUCACAAGUCAGUUCCUGUACCGAGGCGCCUACGUGGACUUUGAAAACACUUUCCAGCGCAAGGAUGAGGUUCCUAUGCAGCUUCACCUUGCUUCCAGUAGGGAUGUGGCUGUUCUUCGCUCCAAGGAAUGGUUCCGUAUGGACGAACCUGACAUUGAGCUCCUUGGUCAAACUCUGACCUUCCGUCUUCAAAGUCUGAUCAAGUUCAAGAACAAGUCCGUUUUUAGCCACGUUCAGACGGUUGGCCAAGUUCUCCUUGAACUCCCCACCAAGGAAAUUAUUCAAGUCGCAUCGGUCGACUAUGAGGCUGGCACUUCCCACGGAAACCCAGUUAUCGACUACCUUCAGCGCAACGGAAACUCGAUAGAGCAGCCUGUCUACUUCGAAAACCCAAUCCCUCUUAGCGGCAAAACGCCAUUGGUUCUACGCGCCCCGACGUCGAAUGAGACUUAUGCUCGUGUCUCUGGCGAUUACAACCCAAUCCAUGUUUCGCGUGUCUUUUCCAGCUAUGCCAACUUGCCGGGUACCAUUACCCAUGGCAUGUAUACCAGUGCUGCUGUGCGCAGCUAUGUUGAGACUUGGGCGGCUGAAAAUAACAUUGGGCGUGUGCGCGGUUUCCAUGUGUCACUCGUCGGCAUGGUCUUGCCCAAUGACAUGAUUACCGUGAAACUACAGCAUGUCGGUAUGAUUGCUGGUCGCAAAAUCAUCAAGGUUGAGGCUAGCAACAAGGAAACCGAGGACAAGGUCCUACUGGGCGAGGCCGAGGUCGAGCAACCCGUCACUUCCUAUGUGUUUACGGGACAAGGCUCGCAGGAGCAAGGCAUGGGAAUGGAGCUUUAUGGCAGCAGUCCCGUUGCUCGUGAAGUUUGGGAUCGAGCUGAUCGUCAUUUUAUCGAGAAUUACGGGCUCUCGAUAAUUGACAUUGUGAAGAACAACCCCAAGGAGCUCACUGUCUAUUUCGGUGGCCCACGUGGAAAGGCUAUCCGUCAGAACUACAUGUCCAUGACUUUCGAGUCUGUGAAUGCGGAUGGCACGAUCAAAUCCGAGAAGAUAUUCAAGGAAGUCGAUGAGACCACAUCCUCUUACACCUACCGGUCACCCUCCGGACUUCUCUCUGCAACUCAAUUCACGCAGCCAGCUCUUACUUUGAUGGAGAAGGCAAGCUUCGAAGAUAUGCGCUCCAAAGGCCUCGUUCAGAGAGAUAGCAGUUUUGCCGGUCACUCACUGGGUGAAUAUUCGGCCCUUGCUGCGCUGGCCGAUGUCAUGCCAAUUGAGAGCUUGGUCUCCGUCGUCUUCUACCGAGGCUUGACUAUGCAAGUCGCCGUGGAGCGAGAUGAGCAGGGUCGCUCGAACUAUUCCAUGUGCGCUGUCAAUCCAAGCCGCAUUUCCAAAACUUUCAACGAGCAGGCUUUGCAGUAUGUCGUUGAAAACAUCUCCGAGCAAACAGGCUGGCUCUUGGAAAUUGUCAACUACAACGUGGCUAACAUGCAAUAUGUUGCCGCUGGUGAUCUACGAGCACUUGACUGCCUUACGAAUCUGCUCAACUAUCUCAAGGCGCAGAACAUCGACAUCCCCGCUCUUAUGCAGAGCAUGUCGUUAGAAGAUCUCAAGGCCCACCUUGUCAGUAUCAUUCACGAAUGUGUCAAGCAAACGGAGUCGAAACCCACUCCUAUCUCUCUUGAACGAGGUUUCGCAACAAUCCCUCUCAAGGGAAUUGAUGUUCCUUUCCACAGCACUUUCCUCCGCUCCGGUGUGAAGCCCUUCCGGUCAUUCCUGCUGAAGAAGAUCAACCGGACUACUAUCGACCCGAGCAAGCUGAUUGGCAAGUACAUUCCGAAUGUCACUGCUCGUCCAUUCGAAAUCACCAAGGAAUACUUUGAAGAUGUCUACAGGCUUACAAACUCCCCUCGUAUUGCCCACAUCUUGGCAAACUGGGAGAAAUUUGAGUAA